UUCUAGUCCACGCCCGUCGCAGCUGCUGGAUCGUCCCCUCCUCCUCAACAGCAGCAGCGGGAUCAGAAUCAGCAGCAGGAGCACCAGUAUUUCCAGACUGGAUGUCGGAUCUGGGACGCGUUUUGGCUGCAACAGAAGCCUGCCACUGUGAGCAGCUCGUUUCCCUUAAGUGAUUGGCAGUGUGGGCAUGGGCAGAGAGUGAUUUAUACUACAGCCAGCACAGUCUCCCCUCCUGGACUCCAUAUUUUAAGAGGAAAGGCAGAGAUGGAAGUGUUGUGUAAGUGGAGCAGAAGGGGGAGCAAAGGAUGGCAGCGAGCGGCUGUGAAUCAUAUCAGAGGAGAUGCUCCAACCAGGGAUGAAGGAGAACUAGAGGAAUGAGGGAAAAGGAGAGCAAGCAGAGACAAAAUGUCUGAGAGCAAGCCAGCUGAGUAGAGGACUUCCCUCUGCCUGUGCUCUCCGCCUGCAGCCAUGAAUGGUGGAGCCAGUGUGUGGGCCAUCACUCAGGAGGAGCGGGGCAAACAUGACAAACAGUUUGACACCCUGCUCCCCGUCCUUGGCUAUGUCUCCGGUGAACAGGCGAGGAAGUUUUUCCUCCAGUCUGGUCUGCCUCCGCCCGUCCUGGCUGAGAUCUGGAACCUUGCUGAUAUGGACAGUGAUGGGAAGAUGGACAGACUGGAGUUCUCCAUCGCCAUGAAACUCAUCAAACUCAAACUUCAGGGACAGAACUUGCCCUCUUCCCUGCCAAUCAUCAUGAAGCAGCCCCCUGCCUCUAAUUCAGCUCCAACCAUGCCUUCAUCAGCACGCUACGGAAUGGGUUCCAUGCCAAACCUGUCAGUUGGUCUGUCGUCCAUGUCUAGUAUGUCAGUCAUGCCCAUCCUAACACCCAUCCCGAUUAACCCUGUCAUGCCGUCUAUGCAACCCCUGGUGCCAACACCCAUGACUCUGCCCCUCAUCACCUCUCUGGGAAAUCCUGGACUCCCAAACGGCAAUGUCAGCCUCCUCACUCCACCGCUACUCCCCUCCAAUACAGCACUCCCGCUAUCUGGCUUUUCUUCACCCAUGACCUUCUCUCCAACCACUGGGAUGUCAAAAGCUAACUCUCUUUUGGACUUGGGUUCCAGCAGUUCAAAUUCUUCCUCCACCACGUCGUUGGCCAGUAACUCUCCAAAGACAGGAACAAGUGACUGGGCCGUUCCACAGGGGUCCAGACUGAAGUACCGUCAGCAGUUCAACACGCUGGACAAGCUCAUGAGUGGCUACUUAUCUGGACCUCAGGUUCGGAAUGCACUCAUGGCAUCAAACCUGACCCAGACUCAGUUAGCCACGAUAUGGACCCUGGCAGAUGUGGACAGGGACGGUCAGUUACGAGCUGACGAGUUCAUUCUGGCCAUGCACCUGGUGGACAUGGCUAAAACUGGCCGACCUCUCCCGCUCACUCUACCUCAAGACCUGGUGCCUCCUUCUCUCAGGGGAGGAAUCAAGACAACUGAGCUUGUUAAUGGAAUGGGCCCCUACAUUACUCCCAAUUUAAUUGAGACUAUUGAGCCGGAACCUGUGCAAAAGUCCAAGAUUACAGUGUCUUUUGAGGACAAGCUAAAGGAGAACUUUGCACGUGGCAGUGCUGAAUUGGAGAAAAGGCGUCUGGCUCUGGUGGAAGCACAGAGGAAAGAGAGGGACAGGAGGGAGAAAGAAGAGAGGGAGGCUCAGGAAAAGAGGGAGAGAGAGGCCCGGGAGCUGGAAAACCGGAGGAGGCUAGAGGAGGAAAGACGGUUGGAGAGGCAGAGAGAGGUGGAGAGACAAAGGGAGGAGGAGAGACUGAGGGAGCUGGAGAGGAAGGAGGCAGCAAAGCAGGAGAUGGAACGCCAGCGGCGAGAGGAAUGGGAGCGAGCGAAGAAAGAGGAGCUGGGCAGGAGGAGGGAGGGGGAGCAGGAAGAAAUCUCUCGGCUCAAGGCCAAAAAGCGCAGUCUAGAGUUGGAGCUGGAAGCUGUGGGCAACAAACACAAGCAGAUCUCCGACCGUCUCCGUGACGCCCAGAGCAAGAGGCGGAUUCAGAAGGCAGAGGUGGAGCUGGUCAAUCAGAAGAGAGAUGCUCGAAUCACAGAGAUCAACUCACUGCAGCUGCAGUUUGAGGAGUGGCAGAGGAAGCUCUCACAGCUGGUACCAGAACAGCAGAGGUUGACUGAGAAGCUGCGAAGCAUUAGCCUCAACAAAGUCUCCUCAGCGUCCCUGACCACUGCGACUGCGAAUGUGACAGAGAAAAGCGUGAACUGCCGUAGACUGAAGGACCAACUGGACACACUGGAGCGAGAGACGACAGACAAACUGUCCCAGAUGGAACAGUACAACAAGGAGCUUAAGCUCGGGGACAUGGACGACUGUGUCCUCCGGGGCCUUCUGUCUCUCCUGGCGUGCCUCAGCCAGCUUUUCCUUCUCAUCAAGGAGCUGAGGGAGAAGCAGGUGAAGCAGCAGACUGUGCUGGACGACCUGUACCGAGUCAAAGAGGAAAAACUGAGGGAGCUGCAGAAACGCAGGGAGGAGGAGACAGAACGAAAGAGAAAAGAGGAGGAGGAGGCAGCCAGAAGAGCCAAGCUAGAGCAGGAGAGGAGAGAGCAGGAGCAGCGGGAAAAGGAGAGGAGGGAGAAGGAAAAGAGGGAGAAGGAAGAAGAGGAGGCACGGCAGAGGAAGCUCCUGGAGGAGCAGCUGGCCAGACAGAGGGAGGAGGAGGAGAGGCAGGCACAGGCCCGCCUCCUAGUGGCACAGGAAAAAGCACAAGAAGAGGAGAGGAGAAGAAGAAGAGAAGAAGAGGUGAAGAGGAAAAAGGAGGAGGCAGAGGAAGAAGAGAGAAAACAUAAAGAGGAAGAAGAGAAGAAAAAAAAGGAAAAGGAAAAAGGGCAGCUACCAGGCUUGGUGGGUCAAAGGUCGGUCAACCUGACCACGUAUCGGGCCUUGUACUCGUUCGUCGCCCGCAAUGCUGAUGAACUGAGCAUCGAUGCUGACGGUCUCAUAGAGGUGGAUGAGCAGACUGUGGGCGAGCCUGGGUGGUUGUGUGGAACUUACCAUGGAAACAGGGGCUGGUUCCCUCAGAGUUAUGCAGAAAAAUGUUCUACAGCUUCUUCUACCCAGCCGCUGGCCAUGUUAUCUGUGAAAACCUCAGCUGCACCACCACCUCUGAACGUCAGAAUCCCUGAUGGAGUGGAGACCAGGGUAAACAAUGCUGCUGUUGUCCAAUCAGAUUCAUCGCAGUCUUCAGGCUGUCUGGUGGCCCGUGCCGUCUCAUCGUGGUCAGCCACCGCGGACGCCGACCUUGGCUUGGGCUCCAGUGAAGCAGUCACUACGCUGCUGAGCUUCUCGCAGGGCGACGUCAUCACUGUGCUGCAGCAGAGAGAUCAGUGGUGGCUGGGGCAGCUCAACGGGCUACAGGGAUGGUUCCCUAAAAACUAUGUCAAUCUGGAGACGGGUGGAAACACAGAUGUAGAUGCAACAGACACAACUGACUGUUUGCAGCUGGAGGAAUACGUGGCCUUGUACACAUACGAGAGUCCAGAGGUUGGAGAUCUGACGUUUGUAGAAGGCGAUGUUGUCCUGGUGACGGAGAGAGAAGGAGAGUGGUGGAGAGGCUGCAUCGGUGAUAAGACCGGACUGUUUCCCUCCAACUAUGUACGGCCUGUAGAGCCAGAUACAUCAAGACCUGGAGCUACAACUAAGAAACCUGAGAUCGCCCAGGCAGUAACCACCACAUCAAACCCCACCACACAACAGCUCCAUCUGUCUCCAGGACUACUGAUCGUCGUCUUGGCCAAGAACUCCACCGGCUGGUGGCUUGGGGAAUUGCAGGCUCGAGGUAAGAAGCGACAGAGGGGCUGGUUCCAUUCCUCUCAUGUCAAACUCCUGGGGCCCACCACCACCAAGUGGUCUCCUUCACCUCUACCAGUAUGUCAAGUCAUUGCGAUGUAUGACUACACCGGCGCCAGCCGUGACGAGCUGAGCUUCACCAAAGGUCAGCUGAUCAACGUCCUGGACAAGAACGAUCCUGAUUGGUGGAAAGGAGAAGCCAAUGGUGUCAUCGGACUACUGCCUACCAAUUAUAUCAAAAUGACGACAGAAUCAGACCCCAGUCAACAAUGGUGUGCAGACCUAAUGACGUUGGACACAAUGACUCCCCUAGAGAGAAAGAGACAGGGUUACAUCCAUGAGCUCAUCGAGACUGAGGAGACUUACCUGGAGGACCUGGAGCUGGUACUGGAGGUUUUCUACAAGCCCAUGUCUGAGUCGGGCCGACUGACGGAAGCAGAGAUGGCUGUCAUCUUUGUGAACUGGAGGGAGCUGAUAAUGUGUAACACCAAACUUCUUAAGGCUCUGCGCGUCAGAAAAAAGACCGGAGGAGAGAACAUGCCGGUUCAGCUCAUAGGAGAUCUGCUGGCGUCAGAGUUGGCGCACAUGCAGCCCUACAUCCGCUUCUGCUCCUGCCAGCUCAACGCUGCUGCCUUGCUGCAAAGCAAAAUGCUCAACCAGCCAGAAUUUAAAGACUUUCUUAAGAAGAUCGCCACUAACUACCGCUGUAAAGGAAUGCCACUGUCCAGCUUCCUCCUCAAACCUAUGCAGAGAAUCACACGCUAUCCCCUGAUUAUCAAGAACAUUCUGGAACACACGACAGAAGGCCAUGCCGACCGCGGGCCCCUGCUGGAGGCGCUAGAGCGAGCUGAGGAGCUGUGCUCUCAGGUCAAUGAAGGAGUCAGGGAGAAGGAGAACUCAGACAGGCUGGAGUGGAUACAAAGCCACGUGCAGUGUGAGGGGGCGAUAGAGCACUUGGUCUUUAACUCCUUGACGAACUGCCUCGGGCCUCGCAAGCUGCUCCACAGUGGUCGAUUGUACAAAACCAAGAGCAGCAGGGAGCUGUGGGUUUUCCUCUUCAACGAUUUCUUUCUCCUCACACACAGUGCCAAACCCUUCUCAUCCUCAGGACCAGAUAAACUCUUCAGUCCCAAGACGAACAUACAGCUGAAGAUGUACAAAACGCCACUGUUUCUGAAUGAGGUUUUGGUGAAAAUGCCUCCAGACCCGUCCAGUGAUGAGCCACUCUUCCACGUCUCACACAUUGAUCGUGUCUACACCCUCAGAACAGAGACCCUAAAUGAGAGGGCCGCGUGGGUUCAGAAAAUCAAAGCGGCGUCAGAACAUUUCAUAGAAACAGAGAAGAAAAAGAGAGAGAAGGCGUAUCAAGCACGGUCCCUAAAAACCAGUGGUAUCGGUCGACUGCUGGUGACAGUCACUGAAGCUCAGGAACUCAAGGCCUGUAAACCCAAUGGAAAGAGUAAUCCAUACUGCGAGCUGACCAUGGGGGCUCAGUGCUACACCUCCCGACCCGUCAACGACACUCUGAACCCUAAGUGGAACUUCAACUGUCAGUUCUUUAUCAAGGACCUGUACCAGGAUGUCCUGUGCAUCACUGUGUUUGAGAAAGACCAGUUCUCACCAGACGAUUUCUUGGGUCGGACUGAAGUUCCCGUGGCAACAAUCAAAAAGGAGAUGGAAAGCAAAGGUGCAGCGAACCGACGCCUCCUCCUCCAUGAGGUUCCGACUGGAGAAGUUUGGGUCAGACUCGACCUACAGCUUUACGAGCCCAGCAGAUGAAGCCGACAGUUUUUAGUUUUUAAAUUCUUUGAGUGCCUGUUGGUGACAUUUCGAUGACUCGCUUCCUCGUGUCUUACAUAACACCAUAAUGAGUUACCUCAAAUGAGCCUGCCUCAAAUAUGCAGGCAAAUAAACUGAUGCAAUAGGCCUAGAGGUAGUAUUUUAAACAUAGAAAAGGGGAAAUUCACACCACACACUUGCAAAAAAAAAAAAGAUUUGAAUUGCCAAAACUUGAAUGUUUACUUACUCUACAAAUGCAAUAUUUUUUGCAGCAUACUUUUUAAAUUUUAAACUGUUUGAUACAAUGUCCCUUUUUUAAAAACAUUGGUCUAAAAGCCCACAUGUCCGUUCAACAGGCUUACUGUUAUUUUAUGUAUUUCCGAAUUACACACUACUGUACGAUGUCACACCAGAAGACAUUAUAGUGUAACUGAAGCAGCCACGAAACACUGAAGAGGCGUAAAUAAAACCAAUUGGACUUUUUUCUUUUCUUUCCAUGACUUCUAUAAACUUCACCAAAUAAAAUAUAAGAGAGCUGUGUGUUAAACAAAUUUGGUCUAAGGUUUUUGCCACAAACUCCAGGCUUAAAAAACAUUAGGUGCUUUUGUCCAAAACAUUAGGUACUGCAAAUGUCCGGUCCAGUUGGAUUUGUAAUUGAAUAACCGUUAUUUAAGAAAUAGUUUAGAAGUUUGAAUCACUGAUAAAAAAACACAAAUAUUUUCUAAUGUUUAUGUUUUCAUUCCAUCAGCAGUGGGAGGUGUUAGAGAGCCUUGAUCUGUGUUAGCUAACCACUUUGGUUUUAAAUGACUUUCUUAAAAAGAAAAUGUAACUGCAGCACGCAGCGGUUGGCAUGAAGUUGAACUUGUGUGAAUUGUGUGACAAAAAUGCCAGGGUCCUGACAUCUGUGGAUAACCACAGACAC